AUGGGGCGAUUCCAUCCCACUAAUGUAUACGAAGAAUCUCGAUUUUUCUUCGGCGUGAUAAAACUUUUAGGAUUAUACCCCAUUAAAUUCUACAAAAUUCGAUAUCUGAACUACUUGUAUGUAGUUAUAUUGCUAACAUUUUAUUACGCCCUACAUGCGUGUGUAAACCGUUACGCGGUUUCUAUACUGGAACUUGUCAGUAGCAUAAAUUCCAUCGUCAAAAUCCGAAAAAUUCGAUAUUACACGAACGUCAUUUUAUUACCUGUUAUCAUGAUUUCAAGUAUAUAUUAUAGCACAAAAAUGAAAACAAUUCAUGAGCAAAUAGAUAGCGUUGAUAAAAGUGUAAAAUACUUGAACAUGGAGAUCGAUCAUGCAUUGUGCAUGAAAAACGAUAUCAUCCAAAUCACAACUAUAAUGUUCGUCGUAAUACUUUUCAAUUUAUUGGAUUAUUAUGGAUUUAUAAUUAAUGCUGGAAAUUAUAUAUACGUUAUUAUGUGGAUAUUGGACCGAAUACCAGAUUUCAUCAAUACAAUCGUAAUAUGUUCGUUUGCAGUAUUGAUAAAUAAAAUAAAAUUCAGAUUUGAACAAAUAAACUCGAUCUUAAAUGCCAUUACGAACGGAAAGAGUUCCGUUUCGAUUAGUGAAUCGUCUGAUGUAGAUACUGUUUGCAGAGUGAAAUUAGUAAAACUGCUCAAAUUAAAUCUAUGCAAAACAGUGUCUCUCGUAAACGAAGUAUAUAUAUUUCAAUUCAAAAUUUUAUCGAUGCUGUACAUUACGUACAUAUGUCUGCAUAUAAAUGUUAUCUACAUUUACUGUGACAGUAAAAUAUAUGCGGUUGAUGUGAUUUUGAGCGUUUCAUGGGGCGUCCUUGAUAUAAUAAAGCUCGUCUACAUAAUUCAUUUAUAUCGUAUACUAACGAUACAGUAUACUUGA